GCCAUUUUUAGUUGUUAGCAACUCUAAGUCAACCCUGUAAAAAGCAGGGUCGUGUUUGUCUAUUAUAACUACUCACAAUUCUCUGUGUCAAGAAUAGAAGAAACCAACAAUUUAACUAGUAACUUCAGCUUGAAGUGAUUGUCUACAAGAAUGAGAAGAAAAAUCUCAUCUUUUUCAACCAAUUAAACUAAUAAAAUAUCCCAUCUUCCAUAAAGUUGCAUAGACAUAUAUAAACUCAAAAAAAUGUCAUGAAACUGAAGAUUGUGCAAGGAAAAAUGGGGACUAAGCUCUGAACAAAUUGAACUAUUCAAGUCAAUAACUGCAAAAUAGAAUUCCUAAACCCCCAAAGGAAAAAUUCAGAAGAAAUCCACAAAAUAGAUUAAAUUUUAACAGAAAUAAAAGACCAAACCAGGAUUGGGGUUCAAGACUGGAAUUCAUCAACUCAUCAGAAGGAAUUUCCCGCCCUCUGAAAAUAGUAGAACUACAACGGAGGUGAGGAAGAAGGAAGAAAAAGAAUAUACAUUAAUUUGUUCUGUGAAUUGGGCUGUUGAUGGGCCUUCUGAAAAAUAAAACACCUGUUGAUGGACUUAAAACAGGCUAGUUGGGCUUCUCAUCUUCAUUGUCAACCCGGAAAACUGUCUAUAAUAAACUUAUUAGUUCUUCUUCCUCUCCUUCAGCUGCUGUGUUCUUUGGAUUGAGUGGCUCUGCUCACAGAAAUCCACCUUUGCCAAUUUGGGAUUUUGUUUGCUUCAUUUUUUAUUUGAAUUAACCAUUUUCGAGGAACUGAUGUUUAUCUUUAUCUCUAUGCAUUUAAAGUUUGGGAAUUGGUGCUUUCUGGGAAACAACACUGAUGGAAGCCGCAUUGCUGAAUACGUUCCACAAUUUUCGAGGACCUCCACCUAUUACAGUUUCCUCAUUGGUCCAGCCUCAUGCUGUAAAGAUGAGCUCGCCAAUGUUCCCCUUUGCGCCCAUGAACAGCAAAUCUUUCUUUGACUUAGGUGUCCUUUCACAGGGGCGAACUUGCUGUGUGAGUCCUCGCAGAAGCAAUAAAUCUUUUACUAUACAUCGUGAUGAUGACGAUGAUGAUGAUGAUGAUGAUGAAGUUGCAAACGGGGCUGAACGGGAAAACAGAUUCUCUUCUAGUGUGGAUUGGGAGGUGGAGUUCCUUGGGAAGGUACAGCCACACUUGCCUCCUGAUAAGAAAAAAGAGCAACAGAAAUCUAGGUUGUUGCAGGAUACCGAUGACAUGGACUGGUGUGUGAGGGCAAGGAAGAUCGCCCUUAAAUCUAUAGAAUCGAGAGGCUUGACCCAUGUUGUGAAAAAUUCCAUCACUGGUAACAAGAACAAGAAAAAGAAGAAUAAAAAGAAACCCAAAUUGGUAAACAAAGUUAAAAAGGAGGCAGAAAUGGAUUCAGACGAGGAAGAUCUUCCUUUGGUAGAUACGCCACCUUUGGAUGGGACUAAUGGUCUAAAAGAAGCAGUGGGUAUGUUGGCAGAUGGGAUGUUUGAAGAACGAAAAGCAAAAACUAUGGAAACGUUUAUUCAGAGGCUCUCACAGUUUUCUGGUCCAUCAGAUCGAAGGAAAGAGAUUAACUUGAACAAAGACAUUAUCGAGGCACAGACUGCUCAGGAAGUACUAGAGGUUACAGCUGAGAUGAUAGUGGCUGUUGCAAAAGGGCUUAGUCCUUCCCCUCUUUCAACAUUAAAUAUUGCAACUGCAUUGCAUAGAAUUGCUAAAAACAUGGAGAAGGUGAAAAUGGCAAGGACUAGACGUUUAGCAUUUGCCCGUCAAAGGGAGAUGUCUAUGCUUGUGGGAAUGGCAAUGACUGCCUUGCCUGAAUGCUCAGCACAGGGUGUUUCAAAUAUUGCAUGGGCACUGUCAAAGAUUGGGGGUGAGCUUCUUUACCUCUCGGAAAUGGAUAGAUUGGCCGAGGUCGCUUUGAUCAAAGUUGGCGAGUUUAAUUCACAAAAUGUUGCCAAUGUUGCUGGUGCUUAUGCUACUAUGCAGCACUCUUCCCCCGAACUAUUUUCUGGACUAGCAAAAAGGGCCUCUGAUAUAAUUGAUACUUUUCAACCUCAAGAGAUUGCUCAGCUGUUGUGGGCUUUUGCUUCACUUUAUGAGCCUGCAGACCUUUUGCUGGAUUCUCUGGAUCGUGCGUUCAAUAAUAUUAAUCAGUUCAAUUAUUCUGUUGAAGAAGUGACUUCGAAUUCUAGAGUAGAAGGAGACAACAUCUCCGGUGCUACCAAGUGCAGACACAACUUAGAUACCCCUUUACUCAAUUUGAAUAGGGAUCAGCUUGGCAACAUAUCAUGGUCUUAUUCUGUUUUGGGACAGAUGGACCGUAGUUUCUUUUCCAAUAUCUGGAAAACCAUAUGCCAAGUCGAGGAGCAAAACAUUUGUGAGCAAUACAGGGAUGAUGUAGUAUUUGCUUCGCAGGUUUAUCUUGCCAACCAAUGUCUAAAAUUAGAAUAUCCUCAUCUUCAGUUGUCCUUGAAUAGUGGUUUGGAGGAAAAAAUUAGUUGGGCAGGUAGAACUAAGAGAUUUAAUCUGAAGACAACAUCCUCGUUUCAGAUGGAGGUGGCCCGUCUUCUUGUUAGCACAGGUCUAGAUUGGAUUAGAGAAUAUGAUGUGGAAGGCUACACCUUGGACGCUGUUCUGGUUGAUAGAAAACUUGCCCUUGAGAUUGAUGGACCAACUCAUUUUUCAAGAAAUUCAGGUGUCCCCCUUGGACAUACAAUGUUAAAGCGCCGUUACAUUACUGCAGCUGGUUGGAAGUUGGUAUCAGUCUCUCACCAGGAAUGGGAAGAAUUUCAAGGAGGAUUCGAGCAGUUAGAAUACCUCAGAAGAAUCCUGAAAGAUCAUAUUUACACUGAAGCACGCGUUGAUGACUUUGUUAGACCAAUGGUAGAAUGAGGAUUUGAAUGAGUGUAGUUUGCAAGGAAGUGAUGAUGCACAGAAAACAAACUCAUUCCUUCUGUUCUUGGCCUGUAAUAUUGUGAGGUAUAUAUGCGAUAUUAGAAUAGGUUUUUUGCUCAAUGAAUUGAAUGUUUUUGUUAAACACAAAGUAUCCCACUAAUUAAGCUCAAUUCAUAUGCAAUGUCCUUCAAUAUCUCCCUCAACAUACCCAGUGCGUCCA